GUCGAACGGCUCUCGGACGUCACGAUGCAGGAGGAAACAGAACAGCUGGGAACCGCCCGCGGCAUCCUCGACGACUUGAAUGAUCGGUUGGGCUGCGCGAUCGAGCUGUGGAGCCACCUGACCGAUGACGAGAAGAAUCUAGAGCCUCCGUCACCAGCUGCUCCGCCGCCGCAGCGUGUCGUCGAAGACGGACCCGCCCUUGCGCAACAGAGCAGACGCCAGCCAAAGUACAGCGAUCCCGCAGUGGGCACCACAGCCCGCUACACGCACCAGUGGGCCGACUGGGCUUCGGCCCCGACGAUGCACAACCCCUCGAAGCUCGACCUCCAACGGUCCCAGGCCCCGGCAUGGUGGUGGAUGCAAGAGCAGGACCACUACGGGCUGUGCCAGCCACUGGAGCAGGGACAACUCGAGAGCUCCGCGAGGGCAGCUCAGUUCAACAGGGCUCACGCACCGAUACCGCAACCGCCGCCGCCGCCGCCACCGCCACCGGCGCGGCACGGGUCGUUUGCCCAAGAGAAGAACCUGCGUCCGGGAAACAUCUGGACCGACCGCCCCCGCUACCCCAUCCCGGACGACGAUGAGAUCUCGCCCCGGACGGUG